GAGCCAGAACCCGACUGGAGCAAGAGGAAUGAGCGGGAGCGCGGCGUCCCCCGGGCCCGGCUCGGGCUCGGCUCCCUGCCGCUUUGCCCACUACUUCGUGCUGUGCGGGAUCGACGCCGACAGCGGGCUGGAACCCGACGAGUUAGCAGUUUUAUACCAGUGGCUAGAAGCAGAUCGCCUUGGCAAGAGCUCAGAUACUGCAAACAGAAAAUCAGGAGAAAAUUUUGACCAGAGUCCCUUAAGAAGAACAUUCAAGUCCAAGGUUUUAGCGCAUUAUCCCCAGAACAUAGAAUGGAACCCCUUUGAUCAAGAUGCAGUCAACAUGUUAUGUAUGCCCAAAGGGCUGUCCUUCAGGACUCAGACAGAUAACAGAGACCCCCAGUUCCACUCAUUCAUUAUCACCAGGGAAGAUGGUUCUCGUACUUACGGAUUUGUGCUCACCUUCUACGAGGAAGUCACGAGCAAGCAAAUCUGCACGGCCAUGCAGACACUUUAUCAGAUGCACAACGCAGAGCAAUGCAGCAGCGUCUGCGCUUCGUCAUCAUGUAGCAUGGACUCGCUGGCGAGCAGCCUCGACGAAGGCGACUCCACGUCGCUCGCGAAGAUGCAGCGCUACAACUCGUAUGACAUCAACAGGGACACCCUGUAUGUCUCCAAGUCGAUUUGCCUCAUUGCCCCCCUGCCUUUCAUGCAAGCCUGCAAGAAAUUCCUCAUCCAGCUUUACAAGGCGGUCACUUCUCAGCAGCCCCCACCUUUACCCCUGGAGAGCUAUAUCCAUAACAUUCUUUAUGAAGUGCCCCUUCCGCCCCCAGGAAGGUCGCUAAAAUUCUAUGGGGUCUACGAGCCUAUAGUUUGCCAGAGACCCGGACCAAAUGAACUCCCGUUGUUCGACUACCCUCUCCGGGAGGCGUUCGAACUGCUGGGCUUGGAGAACCUCAUCCAGGUUUUCACAUGCGUUCUCCUAGAAAUGCAGAUCCUUCUUUAUUCUCAAGACUACCAGCGUCUGAUGACAGUUGCAGAAGGGAUCACCACGCUGCUGUUCCCAUUUCAGUGGCAACACGUGUACGUUCCUAUCCUGCCUGCCUCUCUCCUGCAUUUCCUUGAUGCUCCUGUACCUUACCUGAUGGGUCUGCAGUCCAAAGAAGGAACAGACCGUUCCAAACUGGAACUUCCCCAAGAGGCUAACCUCUGUUUUGUGGAUAUCGAUAACCAUUUCAUCGAGUUACCAGAGGAACUUCCUCAGUUUCCCAACAAGCUGGAUUUUAUCCAGGAAAUCUCUGAAGUUCUCCUUCAGUUUGGGGUCCCCUUGGAGGCCACCCUCCAUUCUAGCGAGAGUGCCACGAAGCUGAAGAACCUGGUCCUUAACGAGCUCGCCAAUGAUAAGAAGAACGGCAACAUCCCAAGCAACACCAUCAACAUGUAUGAGCUGCUGAAAGGCAACGAAACCAUCGCCCGCCUCCAGGCUUUGGCUAAGAGGACAGGAGUGGCAGUAGAUAAAAUGAGCAUUACUGUUCCACUGGCGGAAAAGGAAAGAGACGUAAAGCUUCAGUGCGAAGAAGGGGAGCUGAGGGACUAUAAACUGAAUGUGCAGCUUCGGGAGGUCUUUGCUAACCGCUUCACGCAGAUGUUUUCUGAUUACGAAGCCUUUGUCAUUCAAGCUGCACAGGACAGGGAGUCAUGGCUGACAAACAGAGAACAGAUGCAGAACUUUGACAAAGCUUCUUUUCUUUCUGACCAAUCUGAGCCUUACCUUCCAUUCCUGUCUCACUUCAUCGAAACCCAAAUGUUUGCGACGUUUAUCGACAAUAAAAUUAUGUCCCAGUGGGAAGAGAAGGAUCCCUUUCUACGAGUGUUUGAUUCGCGGAUUGAUAAGAUGAGGCUGUAUAAUGUCAGGGCUCCUGCCUUAAGAACAUCUACGUAUCAGAAGUGCAACACUUUAAAAGAAGCAGCUCAGGCCAUCGAACAGCGGCUGAUGAAGAUCGAUCACACGGCAAUACAUCCACACUUGCUCGAUAUGAAAAUAGGUCAAGGCAAAUAUGAACAAGGUUUCUUCCCAAAGCUUCAGUCAGAUGUGUUAGCAACUGGACCUACUAAUAACAAUCGGUGGGUUAGUCGAAGUGCCACAGCGCAGCGCAGAAAAGAUCGCCUUCGCCAGCAUUCAGAGCAUAUUGGUUUGGACAACGAUCUAAGAGAGCUGUCGGAGGAGUUCUUGAUUCAUCAGAACUCAAUGGCAUUCUGGGAGUGGGAUCAGGGCCCACCCCCGCCUGCACGGCCACCUAAAAAAUCAUUCUCUGAAUGUUCCCUGAAGUACAUGCAAGAAGCAAGAACCUUGGGGAAAAAUUUGAGGCAGCCCAAACUCUCAGAUCUUUCUCCAGCUGUAAUUGCUCAGACAAACUGGAAAUUUGUAGAGGGCUUGCUCAAAGAAUGUCGAAUGAAGACAAAGCGUAUGCUGGUAGAAAAGAUGGGCCAUGAGGCAGUGGAGCUUGGACACGGAGAGGCAAACAUUACAGGUCUGGAGGAGAAUACGCUGAUUGCGAGUCUUUGCGACUUGCUGGAAAGAAUCUGGAGCCAUGGACUACAGGUUAAACAGGGAAAAUCUGCAUUGUGGUCCCAUUUAAUUCAGUACCAGGAAAGAGAAGAAAAACAGGAGCAUCUUGCAGAAUCCCCAGUUGCUGUUGGGCCAGAAAGAAGGAAGUCUGACACGGGGCUUAUGUUACCUACUCUGCGAGUCUCACUUAUCAGUGAUAUGAGGCACAUUCAGAACAUGAGUGAAAUAAAGACUGAUGUGGGUCGUGCCCGAGCCUGGAUAAGGUUGUCCUUGGAAAAGAAACUUCUUUCUCAGCAUCUUAAACAGCUUCUUUCCAAUCAAGCGCUAGCAAAGAAACUGUACAAGCGUUACGCCUUCCUGCGCUGUGAAGAAGAGCGGGAGCAGUUCCUCUAUCACCUUCUUUCGCUCAAUGCUGUGAACUACUUCUGCUUCACAAGUGUCUUCACCACCAUCGUGAUUCCGUAUAGGACGGUGAUCAUCCCCAUUAAGAAGCUAAGCAAUGCAAUCAUCACAUCGAACCCAUGGAUCUGUGUUUCGGGAGAACUGGGAGACACUGGAAUAAUGCAGAUUCCAAAAAAUCUUUUGGAAAUGACGUUUGAGUGCCAGAACUUGGGGAAAUUAACCACUGUUCAAUUAGGACAUGACAACUCAGGGCUGUUAGCCAAAUGGCUGGUGGAUUGUGUCAUGGUCAGGAAUGAGAUCACGGGACAUACCUAUAAGUUCCCGUGUGGGAGGUGGCUGGGAAAGGGAGUGGAUGAUGGCAGCCUGGAGAGGAUCCUUAUAGGAGAGCUGGUGUCGUCCACAUCCGACGAGGAUCUAGGGAAGCAGUGCCGAACCCCCCCACAGCAGAAAUCCCCAACUACGGCUCGGCGACUGAGCAUCACAACCCUCACAGGGAAAAAUACAAAACCCAAUGCAGGCCAGAUCCAAGAGGGAAUUGGGGAAGCUGUGAACAAUAUCGUGAAACACUUUCACAAACCGGAGAAAGAGAGGGGAAGUCUCACUGUUCUGUUGUGUGGAGAAAAUGGCCUGGUUGUGGCACUGGAGCAGGUUUUCCACCACGGUUUCAAGUCUGCUCGUAUAUUCCAUAAAAACGUCUUCAUCUGGGACUUCAUAGAGAAAGCCGUUGCCUACUUUGAGACCACAGACCAAGUUGGAGACAGCGAAGAAGAUGUGCUGCUCCAGAAAUCCUCCUACACAACAUUCUGCCGCUAUGUCAACGCCAUCAACACAGCUCCACGCAACAUAGGGAAGGAUGGCAAGUUCCAGAUUCUUAUUUGCCUUGGAACUCGGGAUCACUUGCUCCCCCAGUGGAUCCCGUUGCUGGCAGAGUGCCCGGCCAUCACCCGGAUGUACGAAGAAAACGCACUCCUCCGGGACCAUAUGACAGUGAACACUCUCAUCAGAGUUCUACAGGCACUGCAGGACUUCGGCAUCAUCUUGGAAGGGUCUCUCAUUAAGGGGGUGGAUGUGUAGCAUGGCUCUUUCAGGCAGCUUCUCUGUCCUCUCCCAGGCAAACAAGUCAUAUCCAAUUUGGGAAGAGGUGUGGGAGGAACCAUUAAAACACAGCUUCUCCUGGUAGUGCCCCGACGGUAUGUUACAAUUGACUUGUUGAUAGGAGGGUGGCAGGGGGAUCCCUCUCUCUCUGCUUCAGGCUGAUCUGCCCCCAAACUGCAAACAAGCUAUGCUGCAGUAUUGUAGUUUUCAAAACAGAGGUUUAGUAUAAAAAAAAUAGAGUAUUUUCAUGUGUUCGACGUGUGUAAAUAGGCUUAUCUUCUUUCAGAAAUUCUACUGAUAAGGACAUUUUUUUCUUAGAAUCAGUGUUUUUGGGGUGGGUGGGGGUAGCUUUAAAAAAAAAACCUUUGUAGGGUUGGGGGCGGGAAGGGGAAGCAUUAUUUGUUAGUAUGGAAAAAGCCACUUGGUAUGUAAAUAUUGUACAAAAGUAGCAGGGGCUUUUUCAUGUAUUGCAAUGGAACACAUGAAGACUCUCUAGGUAGCAAUUGCUAUACUCUUUGUGAAUGUAUACUGUUUUGCUCUAUUGAUAUGUGUUGUUCCUUUGUUAUAUAGUUUUGGGGGGAGCCUCCUCCCCCCCCUUUUUUUUGCGUGCAUCUAAUAAGCUGUGAGUUCUAGGAUUCUGGAUCUUCUCUGUGAACUUUGUCCAUGGGCAGAAGUUGUGCAAAGAAGCGCCUUCACACUGGACCUGAGGAAUUCUUGAGCUUGAAACAGGAACCCAACCAGGGUCCGUGCUAGAGUCUAAAUUGUUAGUUACGCUUCCUGCUAUCCUUCCUUCCCCUUUUGUUUUCCUCUUUGGGCUUUCGUACUGUGAUGGUGACACCUAUUUCAGGCCACUUCCUUUGAGAAGGCAAAUCCGUUAUUAUGAGCUUCUUAAAACCGAGUGGUUGGGGCGCAGGACUGUUUCGGAAGGCUGAACAGCCGCUCACUGGACUUGCCUGCCUGCAGGAGGAUACAGCGUGGUCUCUGUUACCUUUACGCUCGUGGGAGACAGCUUCCGUGUGAUGACUUUGCCUGUGCCCUGCCUGCAGAUUUUAGCUUGACUUGCAAUGUGGCAACUUCCUAUGUGAUUGGAGGAAGACCCAUUUGGAAAGCUGCAUUACCAACAGGGUGUCAAGGGGUGGAACAUGAUGGCAGAGGUGAAGACCUUUUUCUUAAAUUAUCUUAGCAGAGGGGCAGGAUGGCUUCUUCUUCCCCUGUUGUUCCAGUAGUAGAGGAAUCUUGUGAUUGUGUUGGAAAGGUUGAUAUGGUGGCCUCCUAUGACUGUGUGGCAGCUGUGGCGGUAUUAGCAUGAGAAGCCACUGUAUUGCAUUUCCACCCAUGUGAUCUUGGGGGUUACUAAAGCACUGUGUGAAAGAACCUGGCCACCAGCAGUGCAUGCCUUGCAGACACAACGAUGGACAAACCCUUAAAGUUUCUCGAGAAUCAUCUUUAAUACUUUGUUGCUGAGGAACCUGAGUCUAAACAUUAUUCUACUAAAAAAUCUCCAUGUUUUUGAGUCCUAGGCAGGUAUUUUGGAUAGACCAGUUUAAGCCACUAGUAUGCAAACAUUAAUGCUAGAAAAUGGGGAGGCUUGGAAUGAAUAUCUUAGCAUAUUGCCAUUCAUUUCCCCCAGGCCUUUUUUUGUAGCAGGAGCUCCUUUGCAAAUUAGGCCAUACACCCCUGUUGUAGCCAAUCCGUCAAUAGCUUACAGGCUCUUGGUACAGGGCCUACUGUAAGCUCCAGGAGGAUUGGCUACAUCAGGGGGUGUGGCCUAAUAUGCAAGGAGGUUCUGCUACAAAAAAAAAAAAAAAAAGCUCUGACUUCCCCCUACUAGAUGUUGGACUUCUUUCACCUUUCAGAAAUUUCACUUCAGCAUUAGAUGUCAUUCUUAUGAUUUUUAGUGCUUUCUCCACCUGCUCCUUGUUACAUUAAAGUAAAAUCACACACUCUAUCCCGCCUGACAGAAGUCCUCUUGGAAAGCAAGUCCUUUAAGGAGAAGCAAUGGAUUGUAUUGCCCCUUAAGGGGAUGCUACACAAAUUCAGUGUCCUUGGUCUCUUUUUCACCUUCCCACCCAGUAUAGCAGCAGGUUCCAAGAGAGCUGGACCGUGUCUUGUUGAAAAGCUGAAUGCAGAAUAACACAAUAUAAGCAUGUUGGAUGAAGAAA